UGGCUCUGGGGGCGGGCUCGGAGAGGCAGUCUGUAUUGCCUGGCAGGUUGCGUGUCGGGGAAUUUGAAUCGGGAUGGUAGCGCUGCUGUCGCUUUGCGGUUGGCGGUUCGAAUGUUGACGGAUUGACCGUUAUUAAAAGCUUCACCGCCACGACCAGACUUCGCAGGCGAUUCCUUACGUCAUCGUUCAGCAGUCAGAGAGCAGAGCGCCCCUGGACCCGCAGCGCCGAUCGGUCUCCGACUAGCUGUGAGCUGUAAACUAGAGCAAAACUUGCAUCAUUCUGUAAUCUUGACAACCUUUCAGUGUAAUCUUUGAUAAUGACGACUGAAGCAGCACAUGAAAUUGAGAUAAAUGAAAGUGAACCGGCUGAAGCCCAGAAUAAGCAACAAAGAACCUUGAGUGAGCAGGUUCAAGAGGGAGAGCCAAAUGCAGAGACUGCACCUGAGAACUCUGAGAACAAGAAUAAUGAUGAAAGUGAACCAGACAAUGUAACAAAAUCACCAUCGUCCCCAGUCUCCCCUGGACAAAAGAGCCCAGGAAAACAAAAGAAGGAAAAAGAUACACCUGAAGGAAAAGGAAUUUCCCGCUUUCUACCACCUUGGCUUAAGAAGCAAAAAUCACAGAGUAUAGUGGACCCUAAAGAAGAUGGCGACAAAGGUAAUGCAGAAGAGUCAGCAGAUGAGACACAGGUAAAGGAGGAUGAAGAGAAAACGGAAGGUGUGAAGUCAGAUGACCAGCAGCUUGUGGAGUCAAAGGCAGAGGAAAAAGAAGAGAAACAAUUACUUACAGAAGCACAGCCUGCUAAAGAGGAAAACAAAGAGGAAGAAAUACAGGUUGUUGAUGAGAAGGACGAAAAUGAAGAUGUCGGAAAGGAAAUAACGGUGUCCAAGCGUGCUGAAUCAAAGAAAGAAAGCAUACUUAAAUCCCCCAAGAAGGUUAAAAUAGUGCCAUGUAAGGUGACCUUGUUAGAUGGAACAGAAUACAGCUGUGAAAUAGAGAAACGUGCAAAAGGACAAGUGUUAUUUGUUAAAGUCUGCGAGCAUCUGAACUUACUGGAAAUUGACUACUUUGGACUGACCUACAGAGAAAAUGCUGACCAGAAGAACUGGCUGGAUCCUGGAAAAGAAAUUAAGAGGCAAAUAAGAAGCUCACCAUGGCUGUUUGUCUUCAACGUGAAGUUUUAUCCUCCAGAUCCAUCCCAGUUAACUGAAGAUAUAACAAGGUAUUUCCUAUGCCUUCAGCUCCGUCAGGAUAUUUCUUCUGGCCGUCUACCUUGUUCAUUUGUGACACAUGCUCUCCUUGGAUCCUAUACACUGCAGGCAGAGCUGGGGGAUUAUGAUGCAGAUGAGCACAGCAUUGAUUACAUUAGUGACUUUAAGUUUGCACCCAAUCAGACGAAGGAAAUGGAAGACAAGGUUGUAGAGUUGCAUAAAACUCACAGGGGGCUAACUCCAGCACAGGCAGACAUGCAGUUUUUAGAAAAUGCUAAGAAGCUGUCAAUGUAUGGAGUGGACUUGCAUCAUGCUAAGGACUCUGAGGCUGUGGAUAUCAUGCUUGGAGUAUGUGCAAAUGGACUGCUUAUCUACAAGGAUCGUCUCAGAAUAAACCGUUUUGCUUGGCCUAAAAUCUUAAAAAUCUCCUACAAACGAAGUAAUUUUUACAUUAAAGUGAGGCCCGGAGAGCUCGAACAAUUUGAGAGCACCAUCGGGUUCAAAUUGCCAAACCACAGAUCUGCAAAGAGACUGUGGAAAGUAUGUGUGGAACAUCAUACAUUCUAUCGACUCUCCUCUCCUGAGCAGCCUCCAAAAGCGAGGUUCUUGACUCUGGGUUCCAAGUUUCGUUACAGCGGCCGCACACAGGCCCAGACACGAGAGGCCAGUACAAGGAUAGACAGACCUGCCCCGUAUUUUGAGCGCACAUCCAGCAAACGUGUGUCUAGGAGUCUUGAUGGAGCUCCUAUUGGUAGCAUCACAGACCAGAGUCUACUGAAGGCUACCUCUUUCCCUGAAGCAGGCUCUGCCAUUGAUGGUAGAGUCUCAGAAGUUGUUGCAUUGGAAAGAGAGAAUGGAGCCACAGUUGGCUCACAAUUGGAGCAACCCAAAGAUGCAAAGCUAAAUCGCUCAUGCUCAUUAUCACCUAUUCACUGCAAUCAUACCAUUUCAGCAAACCUUCCAGCCAUUCCUGAGGUGGACAUGUGUUCAGAAAUUUCAGAUACAUCUGAGGAGGCACUGGAUGAACAAAGUCACAUGUGCUAUAGUGCUGUAGAAUUCACUUUUGUAGAUUGGAGUAUGAAUGUAUUACCACCUCAGGAUGAACCAGCUACUUUACCAGAGCCCAUCUGUGAUUCAGGCAGACAUUUUAUUGCUCCAGCUUGUCACACUAACCAUUUGUCUAUAAAGUGUAAGCCUCUGGAAUGUGGCUUUUUUUAUUUCAGCUUUUAUAACUUCUUUCCCUUCAAGUUUCCUUCCUUACUUGAUGAGGAUGGUUAUAUCAGUUUUCCCAGUCUCCCCGAGGUUUGCAUCUCUUUCCUCCCUACAGCUGUCCGCCAUUAUGUUCCUCUCACAUCUCCUUCAUUCAUCCCGUCCCUUCUGCUCAUAUUUGUGCUGCUGCUCUCUGCUUCCCAGUGUCUUCUGUUUGCAUUAACCCUUUCCCCUCCUCUUGCUCUGUCUCUCUGCUACCUGGAGCCUAAGGCGACUUCAUUGGGCUCUUUUAAUGACUAUGACCUCAGUGACAAAGCAGAGGAAGAGAAGGUGGAAAAAGAAGAGGAUGAAAGCCAAACACAACAGGAUCUGGAUAAGUCACAGGAGGAAGUAUUGAAACAUCAGGCUAGCAUUAGUGAGCUCAAACGCAGUUUCAUGGAAUCCACACCUGAGCCACGCCCAAACGAAUGGGAAAAGCGACGUAUCGCUCCCUUAUCGCUUCAAACACAUGGGAGCCUUGAAGAAGAGAUAACAUCAAUUUUGUUUAGUAAAGAAAGCUUUUCUAACAUGAAAUCCUCCUUCACUUCGUCUACUGAAUGGCCAGCAGAGGGCAGUCUAUUGAAAGACACAGACACUGCUGACACGAUUACUGUAUCACAUUCCCCAGAGCUACCUGAGAAACAUUUAACCAGAACAAGAGGGAUGCGCACAGGACUGAGUGAUGCUCUUGAGAGUUCAGAUGAGAUUCAGAACGUAGUGGAGGAGGAAAAUCAGUCAAUUGCUGAUACUAGAGAAAUAUGUAAUGCCGAGGAGAUCAAGUUGGAAGUAAACGGGGAAGUUCCUAAUGACCCCAAUGGUGAGAUCCCUGAAGUAGAAGAAUUGGAUAAGGUAGAUGCAGAGUCAUUGUCUUCAUCAGACAGUAGCAGUGCAAGUGAGAAUGACGAAGUUGAAUACAAAGCUGAAAGCAGAUUGUCUGAAAGUGUCCUAAAGGAAGAACUUGAAGAAAGUGUGGAAGAAGUACAAGCAUGUGAACCAGAAGACGAACCUAAAGUAUUUCUUGCUGAAGAACACACUAUGACUGUAACAGUUACUCAUUCAGAAGAAUUGACAACUAUUAUAUCCAAGGAAGUCACAUAUGAAACCAGUGAAGUUUUUAAAGAAGAACAAGAAAUCAUUGAGGAGGAGAAACACAAAAUUAAUGGAGACAUAUCUCACAUUGAGGAUGCAUCUGCUCAAAUUAUUUGUUGUUCUGAGCCCCCUGUUGUGAAAACAGAGAUGGUCACUAUUUCUGAUGCCACACAAAGAACUGAAAUAUCCACAAAAGAUGUUCCCAUUGUCCAAACAGAAACUAAAACCAUUACAUUUGAAUCUCCACAGCUGGAUGGUAGUGGAGACAAUGAGCCUGGAACAUUACUAAGUGCUCAGACCAUCACAUCAGAUUCCGUUCUUACCACGACGACUACUCACAUAACUAAGACAGGGAAAGGUGGAAUAUCAGAAACCAGAAUUGAAAAGCGCAUUGUCAUCAGUGGAGAUGCAGACAUAGACCAUGAUGAGGCAUUAGCACAAGCAAUAAAAGAAGCCAAAGAACAACACCCAGAUAUGUCUAUUACACGUGUGGUGGUCCACAAGGAGACUGAAGUUACCGAAGAAGGAGAGGAGGAUUAAUCACUAGAAGGAAUCUGGAACAUUCGCACCAUAUGAAGGAAUUCAAAACAUGCCCAACUACGUCCUGCUGCUAAUACUUCUAUGAAUUGAUCUGGAUUGGCAAGCAUACCAGAACGCUUGAAGGUUAAGAUGCCAACAUACAACCUCAGCUUAACAUCUCUGACCUGUAUACUGUUCCAUUUCUUUCAGCUUGUUUCAUUUUUGUAACCACUUCCUAACAUUUUUAGCUUUUUAGUAGAGUUUUGUUUGCACAACUACUUGCCAUUUUUUGUAAUUCUUUGUUGUGUUUUGGUGAAUAAUACUCAUUUGUGAAAUAAUCCAUUCGAGAGAAGAUGUUGGAUCUUUAUAACUAACAAAGGUUUUUUUAUUGUUAUUGUUUCGACGGAAGCCUCUUGUUGGGGUGUUUUGCAGACUUACAAACUAUUCAGGUAAAUAUAUGAUAAAGUAAUAAAAAUAAAAAAAGAAGAAAAAAAUAUAUAUAUUUUUUUUCAUAUUUCUUAGAUUUUCAGUACCUGUUUCACGCUCAUUGGUGUUUUUCUACCAAUCCUUCUAUAUUUAAGCCUAUGUUAAUUUCUGGCAAAACUUAAUUGUUAAAAUGGAUGCAAUCCAAUGUGUUUAAGUCACAUUGAGGGCAAGAAAGUUAAAUUUUAGCUUUUUGGAUGAGACUUUUAUUGCUGCACACUAGGGAGUAGUUAAGAGGGAGUUCGACCUAGUUAAGGUUUUUUUGUUUUUGUUUUUUCUUUUCUCUUCCAUGGUGGUGAACUUUAUAAGCCACCCCCUUCAGAGGCAAUACAUAACAUUCCAGGAAGAUGAUAUACUACUGAAUCUCUUCCCAAAAAAAGGAGGUAAACACCAUUCUUGGCAGCUUCAACCCACCUAGUGUUUUUUUGUUAUUCUGUUUUUGGUAAUGUGUCCAUAAUUAGAAUUUUGUUAUUUGAAUUCACAUGUGUAAAACACUCCUUCCAAACCCCAUCUCUGUUUUCACUGACAACCCUGUAAUUAAAACAGUUUGGCAUAUUUGUUAUGAUUAUUUCUCUGCUUGCUGUCAUGCUCAAUAUAGUUUACAUUGUUGUGCAUCUCAUAUAUUUUUUUUGUUCACCGAACUCUCCUAACUAUACUAAAUAUAAAUAAAAAGGAUUUAGUAA